UGGAACAACUUCGUCGCCAGUCACUGUCAAAUAUACGUCAAUCGUCCCAGCCGCAAGUUCUUUGCACCGGAUUUCAUCUACAAUCCCUUUAUAUACUCCGAAAUGGCCGUUCCUACGGGCAUAGUUACCCACAGUAGAAAGGUUUGCAGCCUUUACAAAAGGGCUCUGCGAAACCUGGAGGCGUGGUACGAUAGACGGCAUAUUUUCCGGUACCGCGCAGUAUUGUUGCGGCAACGUUUCGAAGAGAAUAAGAAUGUCAACGACCCAGUUAAGGCCAAUGAAUUGCUGUUAGCGGGAGAGAAGGAACUGUUCGAAACACAACACUUCCAGCCAAAGAAAUUUGCAAACAGUCCCGGCGGUUGUGCAUUUGAACGUGAAGUUAUACCCCCAGAUUGGGUACUCGACUAUUGGCAUCCACUCGAGAAGGCUCAAUAUCCCGAAUACUUUGCUCGGCGUGAACAACGCAAGAAGGAAUUCGUUGCAUGGUGGGAGAAGAAAUACGGAAAACCAGAUCCAAAGGAUCUUCAUCAUUAAAUAAAGUGUAACUGUAUAAAGCGGAUCUUUAAGAGAAAUAUAGUGAAUUUUUGUUCAGCCC